AGCAGCUGGAGAGGUAGGAUUCAAACACAGAAUUCUUAACCAGGACCCAACAGUUCUUCCACAAUCUAAACAACUACCCUUUACUGCCCUUGGGCCCCCUGUCCCCAGGAGCCUAGCCAGCCAAGACUCACAUACCCAGGGCUUAUGACGGAGCCCAAGAGAGUCAGAGCAGCUUUCUACAAAUUCAGCUGUCGCAUUCAUUUUCUUACACACUAGAGUUGCCACUUAAAAAUACUCAAAUAAAAAAAAAUUGAUGUUGACCAUCUAACAGGAAUACUUGACUCAGCUACUAAGUUACCAAUUUGCUUCAUUUUUGGAAGACAUCUAGCAUCUGAGCAUUGGACUUUUCCUAGAAGUUCACUUGGUAACCUCGGUUGAGAGACUAUCAGUGGAGGAACAGCCCUGGUGUUCCUACAGGAGUGAAAAAGAAAAUUAAAGAUUGCAGUAACCCCGAGACAACCACUUCUGGUGGUUGCCACUCACCUGAAGAUGUAAUGGAGGCAUGUAGACAAAUACAACUGGAGAGAGAUACAUUUGCUGAGAUUCUUAAAGGAGAGAGAGUCACGUGGCAGCAGAGGAUGAAUCAGAUGUCGGAGCAAAUGCGCACACUGAGGGAGAAGAAGGAGUGUAUUAUGAAUCGGUUACAGGAGAUGGAGACAAGCUUGGUGGGAUUGAGAAAACAGAUGACUGAACUCCCAGCCCUGGCACCCCUAGCAAGGCCCUCCGAGGUGGAGCAGCAGCUACCAGAGGAGGCUGAGCACCUGAGGGAGGAGCUGGAGAGUCUGGCAGGACAGCUCCAAGCCCAGGUACAGGACAAUGAGGGCUUGAGUCACCUGAACUGGGAGCAGGAGGAGCUGGAGCGGGUGGCUGAGCCCUUGGGGAAGCAAGUGGAGGAGUGCAGACGAAUCCUACAGACCAGGGACCACACUGCUGUCAGCCACACGCUCUCCCAGACCCGUGAGGUCAAGGAAGAGCUGGCCGAGCUGCAGAGUUGCUUCAUAAAGCUGGCCACCACCUGCCCUCUCGCCCAGGUCUUCCUGCAGGUAGAGGUGAAAAGCCAAGAGCCUCAGAGUGUGCAGCAGCAGCAAGACCAGUCCCUGGGUCACCUGCAGCAGUACGUGGCUGCCUGUCAGCAGCUGAGCUCUGAGAUGGAGACACUGCACAGACAGUUACUGCUGCAGACCCAGCUCAUGGACCAGCUGCAGCAGCAGGAAGCGAUGGCCGAGAUGGCCCACCAAGAGUUGGGGGGGCCCAGUUGAGCACCUGGAAGCUGCCAGCCAGAGAACCAGCAGCUACAGGCCCAGCUGAGCCUCAUGACUCUCCCUGGGGAAGGUAUGGGGGACCACUCAGAGGAAGAGGAGGGAAAGGAGGAGAAGGAGGAGGAGGCACCUUGGCCCAUGCCGAGCAUCCUGCAGGACCUGGAAAGCCAGGAGUCCAUGGUGGCAUUUUUAACAUCAGCUGUAGCCAGUGCAGACGGGGAGCAGGCUCGGCUCCGUGGGCAGCUGAAGGAGCCUGCUUCUGGGCCCAUGCCAACAGCCCAGAAGCAGCCAGAAGCAGCAGCCCCAGCCCCAGGGACUGGGAUCGAUUCUGUGUGUGGGGAGACCCACCGGGCCCUGCAGGGGGCCAUGGAGAAACUGCAGAGCUGCUUUAUGCAGCUGACGCAGGAAAAGGUGGACCUGAAGGAGCGGGUGGAGGAGCUGGAACAUCGCUGCAUCCAGCUCUCUGGAGAGACAGACACCAUCGGUGAGACUACACCGCCCUCUCUCAGCCAGGGGGCAGCGCUGAAGGAGCAGCACCGAGAGGAGGAGGAGCACAUCCACAGGCUAGCCCAGGACAAGGAGGAGAUCAAGGUGAAGCUGCUGGAGCUGCAGGAGCUGGUGUUGCGGCUUGUGGGCAACAGGAACGAGGGCCAUGGCAGAUUCCUGGCAGCUGCUCAUGAGCCAGCUCCAGGGGCCCCAGCCCCCCGGAGCUCAGGGCUAGCAAGGGAGGCUGGCAGUGUGCUCAGAGCCCUCCUCCCUCUCUCCAAACAUCUUUGCCAGGUGAGCCUCACCGGCAGCGUGGAGCCUGCACAAGGAGAGGCCGGGGAGGGUUCUCCCCGCGACAACCCCACUGCACUGCAGAUCAUGCAGCUGUUUGGUGAGAUGCAGAACGCUCAGGAGCGCCCAGGCUUGGGCAGCAUCCCCUGCAUUCUGUUUUUCUACCAGGCUGACAAGAACCAUGAGGUAAAAUUACCCUCAUCGGAAAGCCAGUUGCCUUCAGCAAAGCCAGGAGAAGGGGGGCUGGAGGCCCCGCCCCCACCAUGUCCCUCCUACCCCUUUCCAGUCACCCCUUUACCCUUAGAGAAAAGAGUCCCUUGGAAAGGAUAUGGACUUUUCACCGCUUCCGACGACCACGAAACCUCUGAGGCAGGUUUGGAUGCCAUAGGAUUCAAGGGGGCGGCAAGGGGUCCAGAGCUGCAGACAGCUGAGGGUGACCACUGGGGUCUGCUCAGCCUCCUGAGUGAAGGUGAGGAAUCUCCCUCCCCUGAGCUCAUCCACAUCUACCAGGAAUUUGACUUCCAGGCAUCCAGCCGCGUGGUGACAGCCACCUUCCCCUAUACCACCAUGCUGUCCACUGGGCGGCUGCCCACCAUGUCCAUUCUGCCUUGGACACCUACAUGA